UCUUGCAUUUCAACACACAACCCUUAGCAUAUUCUCUCAAGUAUUAACCUCAUCAGUUCAUAUUUUUCGUGUUUAUUUUGAGAACAAAUCAUCAUCCAUAACAAUGGUUGCUUCUAGUGUUGUAUAUACCCUUGAAUUAGCAGUAGAAUUCAAAAGCCCGGCAGACAAGUUUUGGGAAGCUUUGAAAACUUGGUCUUCUAUUCUUCCUGAGGUUUUACCAGAGACUUAUAAGAGUAUUGAAGUAGUUGAAGAUGUGGAUGGAGAAAAGAAUGGAUCUGUUACCCUUUGGAAGAUGAAUCCAAGUACAUUGAUUGAAGGGGCUCCUGUUAUGAUGGAAGAGAAGAAGAAAUUAGGAAGUGUGGACGAAGUAACCAAGACAAUAACUUACAGUGUUGUUGGUGGUGAUUUACUGAAGCUUUACAAAAGUUAUGAGCCUAAUUUCACACUUAUUCCCAAGAUUAGUACUAGCGCUAGUGCUGAAAAUGAAGGUGAUGAUAUUGAUGUUGUUGAUGAUAAAGUUGAAGAAAAGGAUGAAAUGGUGGGAGUGGGAGGAGGUACUGUAAAGUGGUCGGUCAAGUAUGAGAAAGUGAAUGAGAUGGUUCCUGAACCUAACAUGGUCAAGGCCAUGAUAUUUAAGACUUUACUCAUCUUGGAUGAGCAUGUCCUCUCUAAGCAAAAUCAAGUGGUCGAGACAAAAAAAGAAAUUGAAAUGAUAGCUAAUUGAAAAUUAAAGGAUGAGCAGCUUAAAUCAUGUAUCUCAUUUAUAGCUUAAUGAAUGUUGUUAAUGUUAUGUUUUCAACUUACACAAUGAGAUAUAGUAUAUCUUUCAUUUCAUGUCCAAAAAA